AUGGCGGAAACGCCGAUCGCCAACGGUGGCACUGCGGAUGUGCCUGGCAGCCGCGCGCCGCAGUGUCAGAGACUGUUGUGCAUGGGGGGAUCUCUCCUUGAGGUCCGCGCCGAGGUGCCUAAGGCAUUCUUGGAGGAGUACAAGCUCCGACCGAAUGCGGUCGUGCAAGUUGAGGGCCACAUGCAAAGCAUGCUGUCGGAGAUUGGGCAGCUGAGUGGGGAGGCCGGCCUGGCCUUGGAAUAUGCAGCCACAGGGGCGGCGACGAACACCGCGCUUACCGUGCAGGCCUUGCUGCAGCAGGACCAGGGCCCCAUGUCGUCGGAGGCAAUCCGGCGACAGACGCCCAUUGUGUCCAUCCUCGGUGGCGUCGGCCGUGACCAGCUAGGAUACAAGCUGCAAGACUUCCUCAAGCAGACGGGCAUCCAGCCGCUCUUCUCCGAGAUCGUGUCUGAGAGCACCGGAUGGACUGCCUUGCUGUGCGCGAGCCGGCGGGAGCGGGCAGAGAGGCCGGCCUUGUCGUCACCAAGCGAGGACAAGGGCGACGGCCCCCACAAGCUUGCUGUGGUCUACCGCGCGAUUCAGGCCGGCGCCGCCAACCAGUACAAGCUGGACCACUUGCGCUUCAAAGUCUGGGAGCAAGUGGAAGCUGCGGGCGUUGUCUACGCGGAGGCGACCUUCCUGACCGUCUCCUUCGAGAGUGUCAAAAUCCUGGCAGAGCAUUGCGCGAAGAUGGGCAACACCUUCUGCUUGAACCUCUCGGCACCUUACGUGUGCCGCUACUUCGGCGACCGGAUUCUGACGGUCAUGCCAUACACAGACUUCGUGUUUGGCUCGGAAACCGAAUACAUGGCGCUCGCAGAGCAGAAGAAGUCCGAGGGCCUUUGCCAGGAUGUCGACUCUGUAGCCACCUGGCUGGCUCGGAUGCCGCGCUCUGAUGGUGAGGUUGAGCGCCGGCGGCACAUCGUGGUCACUUGUGGCUCGCGUCCGUCGCUUGUGGCCUCAACGUGGCGCGGCUACGGUGUAAAGGUGCAGAGGUUCCCCGUGCCACCGGUUCGGAAUCGCAGCUUCGUACGGAAAGACGGGGCCGGCGAUGCAUUUGCAGGCGGAUUCCUCUACGGGCUGAUGCAUGAGGCUGAUGUGGACAGCUGCGUUCAGCUGGCGCUCUAUUGCGCCAGCGUGGCAGUACAGCGGACCGGACCAGGCUACUCCUUCAAGGACAAGCCCAGCCUGGACAAGACAUGA